AUGUCAGAUCAAGAACAAGAUUUUACUCUGCCAAAAAGUUUCAAUCCCAAUCAUUACGAAAUCUCCCUCAAGAAACUAGAUGCUGAAAAAAAAAUCUUCCAAGGGCAUGUUAGAGUUCAUUUCCAGUGUGUUAUCCCUGACCAAAAGAUUUAUUUGAAUGCUAGAGAUCUCGUCAUUGAAAAUGUUCAAGUGCAAUUGAACAAUGGACAAUCCCUCAAAGUGGUAUCUCAAGACUAUGAUCACAGAUUGGAGGCCAUUGUAAUUGAUGUGGGUGAGAAUAUCAGCGAUAGCUUUACUGUGGCUAUUGAUUAUCAAGGGAAAAUUCAAACCAAUAUGUCAGGAUUUUAUCGUUCCAACUACAAGGACUUGAAGACCAAUGAGGAUAAAUUCAUGCUUUCUACCCAGUUUGAAGCCACUGACGCUAGAGGAACUUUCCCUUGUGUCGAUGAACCAGCUAGAAAGGCUACCUUCAAGGUCUCUGUAACUGCCGAUUCCCAUUUGACGGUUCUGUCUAAUAUGCCCGAGCAAAGCUCACAGGUUGAAGGUAAUGAAACUGAACAUAUCUUCCAUACAACACCACGGAUGUCAACGUAUUUGGUUGCAUGGGCAGUUGGUGAGUAUGAGUUUAUUGAAGGCAAAACUGAGAAGACCAUUUAUCCAACAUUACAAGACUAUUCUGUGGUUGAUGGUACUUCUUCAACACAAGCCGCUCUGCCUAUAAGAGUGUAUACAGCAGUGGGGAAGAAAAAUCAAGGUAAAUUUGCUCUGUCGGUAGCUACAAAAGUGGUUGAUCUUUUUUCUCAAUUGUUCAAGAUUCCAUAUCCUUUGCCUAAACUCGACCUCUUGUGUGUUGAAUCUUAUUCCCACAAUGCAAUGGAAAAUUUCUCAUUGAUUACUUUUAGAACUACAGCGUUGCUGGUGGACGACAGUGAUGAUGUGAGUCCAGCGGCCUUGCAAAAAGUGGCAUAUGUGGUUUCUCACGAGAUUGCUCACCAAUGGUUCGGUAACCUCGUUACAAUGCAAUGGUGGGAUGAAUUAUGGCUCAAUGAGGGGUUUGCUACCUGGGUUGGUUACUAUGCGGUCUCUGUAUUUUUCCCUCACUGGGAUGUAGAAUCCAUGGUGAUGUUAGAAUCUCAUGAAGCGGCAUUACAAUUAGACUCCCUAAAAGAAUCGCAUCCCGUUAAAGUUGGUCUUCGUGAUCCUAAGGAUGUGGAUCAAGCCUUUGAUACAAUUUCAUAUUUGAAAGGCUGCUCUGUAUUAGAAAUGGUGAGCGGCUACUUGGGUCAAGAUGACUUCCUAGCGGGUGUGGCUCUAUAUUUGGAAAUUAACAAAUGGGGGAAUGCUACUAUGGAAGAUUUGUUCGACUGUAUCGGUAAAGUCGCCAAAGUAGAGAUUUUGAGUAAAGUUAAACCAUGGUUGCUUGAACUGGGCUAUCCAAUUCUUGAUGUUAAAAAGUCUGGUGAUCAAUUGUCGUUGACGCAAUCGAAAGCUAAUACAGACAGUCUCUGGUGGGUACCGUUGCUACCAACGAGAGAUGGGGAAUUUAUAAAGCAAUCUGAUCUGACAACCAGGACCACACAACUAGAGGCUGGUUCCAAAUACACUUUGUUCAAUACUGAUGGUUAUGCAUUUUACCGUGUGAAUUAUGAAUCGUUGGAAUUAAUAGACUCACUCUGCGAUAACAUUAGUCGGUUAUCUUCUAGAAGCAAAAUGGGCCUUUUGUCAGAUUUUUGUUCUUUGCGUCCACUCUCUGAUUACUUACAUCUCGUCGAUAAGACCAUGAAGGUGCAUGAUCCUAAAGAUGUAUACGUCUGGAAGUCUAUCCAUUCUAGUUUAUUAAAGACAAGGACGAUCGUCUAUAACGCCGUUGCUCCAGAAUUGAUGGCCAGUUUCGACCGUUACGUUUUGCAAUUGGUUGAACCAUGGAUCAAUGACGCACUAACUAAUUUAGAAAAUCCAACUACCCAAGAUUCCAACGAUCCGUACGCAUUUGCCAGAACUUUAUUUUACCAUUCCAUUCUGACAAUCGCUGGUAAGCUAUCGCAUCCAAAGGUGGUUGCCCUUGCUAGAAAAUUAUAUCAAAGAAAUGAAAUUAAUGCUCAUAACAGAUCAAUUGUUCUAGGGACCGUAUUAUCUCAACCAGACACUACAAGAGCAAUUUUUGAUCAAGUAGUUGAAGUACUCGAAGGAGCUGUUUUAGAAGAGAUGGAGACCAUAUUAAGAUGUUUGGGUAGUGUAACAAACCCUGAACUGUUCGAACCAUGUUUCCAAUUGCUUUUCAAAGUUGAACCUAUGAAUGUUCAGUUCUUACCGGAGGCCUUCCUCACCAAUCCCCACAUACAUUCAAGCAUUUUGUCAUUUGUACAGCAAAACAGUUCGGCACUCAUUGAUAGACUCGUUGUAAACCAGACAGUUAUUGGUAGAUUUUUGAGCUUCACAUUUGCAUAUUUCCAAGGCGAGGAAACCGUCCACAAGAUUAAAUCCAUAUUCGAAGGUCGUGACAUUUCUGCAUAUGACAGGGUACUAAGACAAACCUUAGAAAAGAUUGAAGCGAAUACAAGAUUUUGCAAUGAAAAUAUUGGAGCACUUGAGAAGUUUCUAAAAUGA